AUGCUGAUUUCAUUAAGGCACCAGUUUGAUUCUACACAAACAGAGAUGGAAAAUUUAACAAACACAAUGAAUAUUAUGAAACGACAGUUAUUAGCUGCACAAAAAUUGACGGAUGGAUUGGGUUCUGAAAAAGAACGGUGGAUUAGUGAGAUUGAUAGUUUGGCAAACGAACGAAAAUCUCUUCUGGGGGACAGUUUAUUAGCAUCAGCAUUUUUAUGUUAUUUGGGUCCAUUCACAUCAGAAUAUCGUGAACGUUUACUUUAUAAAGAUUGGUUACAAUCUUUAAUUGAGGAUGGAAUUCCUACCACAGAAGAUAUACGAGUUGAAAAUUUAUUAGCCACAGAAGUUGAAGUAUCCUUAUGGAACUCACAAGGCUUACCAACAGAUGAAAUGAGUAUACAAAAUGCAAUAUUAACUAUGAAAGGUUUUACUUCACCAAUAUGCAUUGAUCCACAAGAUCAAGCCAUGAAAUGGAUUAAGAAGAUGGAAUAUAAUCCUAAAGACAAUACUCAUUCGUUAAGGGUGACAACACAAAAUGAUCCGAAUUUUCUUAGAAUAGUUGAAAAUGCUAUCAAAUUUGGUAUAGCUUGUUUAAUUGAAGAUGUUGGAGAAUAUAUUGAUCCAGCGUUAAAUAAUAUUUUAUAUCGUAAUGUAAAAAGGAACAAAGGUCGAGAUACUGUGAUGUUGGGUGAUCGUGAAGUUGAAUAUGAUCCGAGUUUUCGUUUGUAUAUCUUAACAAAAUUACCAAAUCCUCAAUUUCAAGCCAAUCUUUUUAGCCGAGCAUUAAUUAUUAAUUAUACAGUAACAAUGAACGGUUUAGAAGGACAGUUAUUAAGUACUUUGAUAAAACAUGAACAUAGAGAACUAGAAGAAAGACGAGAGAUGCUAAUCAUGGAGACGAGUGAGAAUAAAAGGAUCCUCAAAGAAUUGGAAGAUCGGUUGCUGUUAGAACUAGCUACACAGACUGGUAGUAUAUUAGACAAUUGGGAUUUGAUCGGCACUCUGGAGGAUAUAAAAAAUAAAGCUGUUGAAAUUGGCAAACAGCUAGCUCAAGCUGCGAUUGUAUCUAAAGAUGUAGAACGUCAAAGAGAUUCAUUUCGUUCAGCUGCAAGAAGAGGUGCUAUACUGUUCUUUAUUUUAUCUGAUUUAUCACUUGUUUGUCCAAUGUAUCAAUUUUCAUUAUCUGCCUAUUUGACUGUGUUUGUAAAAGCACUUAAAAAAGCAAUGCCAAACAGUUCACUUACUAAACGUUUAACUAAUAUUAAGAAUUCAUUGACUUAUGUAAUCUACUGUUAUGGAUGUAUGGGUAUAUUUGAACAGCACAAAUUAUUAUUAUCAUUUCAAUUAGCAAUACGCUUACAACAAGAUGAAAAGUUGAUUAAACCGAAGGAAUUAGCUUUCUUUAUACGAGGUAAUACAUCAUUGAUGGAAACAGUUCAUUAUACACCACCAUUCAACUGGAUAUCACAACAUAUUUGGCUUGAUUUAGUUUAUCUAGCUGCAUUUCUUCCUAAACACUUUGGAAAACUGAUAAAAGAUAUUUGUAAUAUGGGUAAUGUUUGGAAAAAGUGGUAUGAAUCAAAUAACCCAGAAUCAAUAACAUUUCCUGGUCGUUAUGCUAAUCUACACCCGUUCCUAAAACUAUGUCUUAUCCGUUGUUGGCGUAUGGACCGUAUACCAUCAGCUAUAACGAAUUAUGUAAUACAAGUGAUUGGCAAAGAGUUCGUCACCCCACCAAUAACAAACUUAGCUGAUAUAUUAACCUCAACUUCACCGACAAUACCAGUUGUUUUAAUUGUUCAGCCUGGCUCAGAUCCACAAAGUCAACUCACUCAACUCUCACAUUCAUUGGAAUUCAGUUCAUCUCGUAUUAAAUAUCUUUCAAUGGGUCAAGGUCAGGAACCACAUGCUCAAAGUCUUUUUGUACAAUGUGCAGCCCGUGGUAAUUGGUUAUUAUUGCAAAACUGUCAUUUACUGGUGGGAUUUAUUCCAACUUUAGAGAAGAUGAUAGACGAUUUGAAUAAACCACAUCCAGAUUUUCGUAUAUGCCUUACUACUGAAAUGGUUUCUGAUUUCCCGAUAGGAAUAUUACGGAGAUCGUAUAAGGUGGUUAUGGAACCACCGAUUGGAUUGAAACAGAAUUUAGCUUCUGGUUUAGGCAAAUUAUCACAUAAAGAAUUCGUCAGUUGUGAACAUCCCAAUUAUCGUGCAUGCUUGUAUACACUAGUAUUUUUACAUUCUGUUUUACAAGAAAGACGUCGAUAUGGAAAAUUAGGUUGGAAUGUCAGUUAUGAUUUUUCUGAUACUGAUUUUUUUGUUUCAUUGAGAAUUUUACAACUUUCGUUGACAAAAUCUUUGGAAGAGAAAACAAAUAUUUCAUGGGAUACAAUCAAAUAUUUGAUUGGAGAGGUAAUAUACGGUGGUAGAAUAAUUGAUAAUUUUGAUCGACGUGUAUUAACGACAUAUAUGGAUGAAUACUUUAGUGAUUUUCUAUUCGAUGAUAUUCAACCAUUUACAUUCUAUGAAAGAAGUAAAUUGAAAUACUUCAUCCCUGAAGAACCAGCAGAUUCAACAAACUACAAAGAAUUAUAUUUAGAAUAUGUUUCGCACCUGCCUGGAAGUCAAAAGCCUGAAGUAUUAGGUUUUCAUUCAAAUGCAUCUAUCGGUUAUACAGCUCAGUACACACAUGAUUUAUGGUCGAAUUUACUAUUGUUGAUGCCUGAGACUGAAUCAGUUGGAGGAGUACCUUCUGCCAAACACCUCAGUAUAGUGGCCUCCCUAUCAGGUUCAGAAAGUCAUUCUGAGAUUCGAGGGUCUGCAACAUCUGCUGGAAACUUAAUACAAGUAGUCACUAACGUAAAUGUUGAUGACAGUGAGCACGCUGAUAUACAGUCAGCUUCGGAUGAAAAUGCUACUGCGUUAGAUCCAGUGAGUGAAGUAAACCGAGAAGUUGAUACAGCCAGUUCAAGUGGUAACAGUAGUGAGGAGGAAGAUGACAUCGAGGAAUUUCAUCAGUCAAACCGACGACGCAAUACUUCGAUAAGUGUUUCAACUGGACAUUCCUCAAUGACCUCAGUUACAGAUGCUUCAAUCCCUACAACUCCAACUGUUUCUAGUGGUGACGUAAUGGUAAGCCAUAUGGUGGAUGGCAUACUCAAUCGUUUACCACACUUGUUCGAUGUCGAUACUUUGAAACGGAAGUAUAUGGGUACUGAGAUAUCCCCGACAAUUAAUGUCCUCAUCCAGGAACUAAACAGAUUUAAUCUAAUCCUCGAAAAAAUUAAUACAUCUCUUAAUAGUUGGCGACGUCUUGUACCACAAACCAAGAAAUCUCUUCCAAAUUGGUUACAGCAUUUAAUGAGACGAGCAGAUCAAUAUAAAAAAUGGAUGAAUGCAGGUAAAAGUGAACCAGCAGUGAUUUGGUUAUCUGGUCUACAUUUACCUCAGUCUUAUAUAACUGCUUUAAUUCUAAAAGCUUGUCGAAAAUAUGGUUGGGCUAUAGACAAAUGUGCUAUACAAACUACAGUCACUGAUGUGGUACCAGAAGAAGUUCAUACUAUACUCAUGGCACCUGAAAUUGGAUGUUAUGUAUGUGGUCUUUAUAUUGAAGGUUCUGCUUGGGAUGUAAAGGAAAUGUGUCUAACAAGACAAAAAUCAGGUGAAUUAUUACAAGAAAUGCCAAUUGUAAAGUUAACACCAAUUGAAAAACAUCGAUUAAAAUUAACUAAUACAGUAAAAGUACCAGUUUAUGUAACAAGUCAGAGAUGUAAUCCUAUGGGUGAAGGAUUUGUUCUUGAAUUAGAUAUACCCAUUAAAAAACAUUCAUCAUUUUGGAUUUUACAAGGUGUUGCAGUACUUUUAAAUACAGAUUAG